GUUCAACUGCUAAAGUAAUUUGUCACUACAUUGAAUUAAGUUAUGUUCUUGAACAUAAAGCGAAUGCUUCUUUUCACGCGGGUUAGCAAAGUUUUAUUUUGAAAAUUCUUACCGGAUAUCGAAAGUAAUUUCCGUUUGACUCGCCUGUCGUCCUUGACUUACCCACGUGAGGAGGUUCUACCCCUUAAAUUGAAAACAAAUUGGCUCUUGUUUAGAUUAAUGCCAUACAUGCCAGACAAUAGGUGUCUUUUUUUGUUGUUCUGUUGUGUUUGAAUCUUUUCAAGCCACUCCAGAUUCGAUGCUAGCAUGUCUCGGAGCUUUAGGUCAGUGUUGACGCUACUACGUAGGUGUGUGGCGGUGAGUCAGGUAACCCCCUCUGCGGGUCUAGCCACCAGGUGUGGUUUCAUCCCAAGGUCCACAUGGACGUCCAAGACCCGGACGGACUCUUUUCGGGGUCUUCAGCCCACCUUAUGGACCACCCAGCGCAGCCUGUGCAACAAGGCACCUUAUGAGGAAGAAGAAUAUCCUCCCCUGCCAGUGUACGAGGCCGACGUGCAGCCCGAGAAGAAGGAUCUGUACAUCAUCCAGGUCAAAGGUCUUCCGUGGACGUGCACGGUCCAGGACAUCGUCCACUUCUUCUCAGAGUGCCGGAUCCGCGAUGGUGCGUCAGGCAUCCACAUGACCGUGGACGGUAAUGGUAGGCCGACGGGACGCGCCUUCGUCGAGCUGGAGCACGAGGAGGACGUGAGAAAAGCCCUGGAGAAGCACAGACAGUACCUCGGACCUCGCUACGUGGAAGUAUACGAAAUAACAGACAGUGAUGCCGAAGAAAUUUUGAAGAAGGCGACUCAGUUCCCCGCCGACACUCGGGUGGUCCGGCUCCGUGGUCUCCCCUUCACCAGCACAGAGAGCGACAUCGCCCACUUCUUUUCUGGUUUGGAGAUCAUGGACAAAGGCAUCACCGUGAUCACGAACCACAGAGGAAGGAACUCGGGGGAAGCCUUUGUCUGGUUUUCCACGCAGGAAGCAGCCGACGAAGCCCUGCGGAGAGACCGAGAGCUCAUCGGGGAAAGAUACAUCGAAGUGUUUCCGAGUACAAGCCAAGAACUGCAGUCAAGGUGGAGGAGUUCGCCCUCACAAGGCCGAGAUGCCAACAAGAGAGUCCCUGCUGGACACUCCGCCAUCAGACCUGCUACUGCAUCGGGACCUUCUAAGACCUCCGGCCUGGCAUCACAUCUCGUCCACUUGAGAGGACUUCCUUUCCAUUCUUCUGGAGAAGACAUCAUUAAGUUCUUCUCCCCGCUCUCUGUGUCCAAGAUCCAGCUGGAGCUCGGUCCCGACGGAAGGCCCAGUGGCGAGGCCGACGUUUACUUCAGCUGUCACGAGGAUGCCGUGGCGGCCAUGUCUCACGAUAGAAUGCACAUAGGAGGACGAUACAUUGAAUUGUUCCUGAACUCUGAUUCUAACAACGAAAGGUGAAAACACAGAGCAGACCCUGUCUGCUUGAAAAAAAAAACGGUAAAGUGCCGACACUGCAAGCACGAGACUCCGUUAUGUUUAUUUAUGUACCACAUUAAAUGGUAAUAUAAAAAAAUACAUCCCUCCACAUGUGUCCAUCUUACUUUUUUUCUACACCUAUGCCAGAAAUGAUAAAUGAGGUGC